AUGUGGGGCUUGUGCAUUGGAGCUUUAGUAAUCAUAAGCAUCACACAUUUUGUUUACCGCUGGAGAAAUCCCAGAUGCAAUGGAAAACUCCCACCAGGUUCAAUGGGAUUUCCACUCCUUGGUGAGACCCUGCAGUUCUUCACUCCCAACACUUCUUCUGAUAUUCCUCCUUUCAUAAAAAAAAGAAUGGAUAGGUAUGGAUCAAUAUUCAAGACCAAUUUGGUGGGACGACCAGUUGUAAUCUCAACGGACCCGGAUCUCAAUUACUUUAUAUUCCAACAAGAAGGAGUACUGUUCCAGAGCUGGUACCCAGAUACAUUCACAGAGAUUUUUGGAAGACAGAACGUGGGUUCCUUACAUGGUUUCUUGUACAAGUACCUCAAGAACAUGGUGCUAAAUCUCUUUGGUCCUGAGAGCCUUAAGAAGAUGCUCCCUGAAGUUGAACAAGCAGCAAAUAGAACAUUACAACAAUGGUCAUGUCAAGACACUAUUGAAUUAAAAGAUGCAACUGCAAGUAUGAUUUUCGAUCUGACUGCAAAGAAACUGAUCAGUUAUGAACCUGAUAAGUCCUCGGAGAAUCUAAGGACGAACUUCGUGGCAUUCAUACAGGGAUUAAUCUCCUUUCCUCUGAACAUUCCCGGGACAGCUUAUCACAAAUGUUUACAGGGAAGGAAAAGGGCAAUGAGGAUGCUGAAAACCAUGCUACAGGAAAGACGGGCAAUGCCUAGGAAGCAGCAAAGUGAUUUUUUUGAUUAUGUCCUUGAAGAACUUCGAAAGGAUGGAACGAUACUCACAGAGGCAAUAGCUCUGGAUUUGAUGUUUGUGCUACUGUUUGCCAGCUUUGAAACGACUUCCCUCGCUAUAACUUUAGCAAUUAAGUUUCUUUCAGACCAUCCUCUAGUGUUGAAGCAAUUAACAGAAGAGCAUGAGGCAAUUCUUAACCAAAGGGAAAAUGCUGAUUCUGGACUUACAUGGAAAGAAUACAAAUCAAUGACAUUUACAUUUCAGUUCAUCAAUGAAACAGUUAGACUGGCAAAUAUUGUUCCUGGGAUCUUCCGCAAAGCACUGAGAGAUAUACAGUUUAAAGUUAAGCCUAAUAUGACAAAUAAUACAAAUAUUGAUGCAGGAUAUACCAUUCCAGCAAGUUGGGGGGUUAUGGUCUGUCCCCCAGCUGUACACUUGAACCCUGUAAAAUACAAAGAUCCCCUUGCUUUUGAUCCAUCAAGAUGGGAGGGAGUGGAAUUAAAUGGUGCAACCAAACAUUUCAUGGCUUUUGGUGGUGGAAUAAGAUUUUGUGUCGGAACAGAAUUUACUAAGGUGCAAAUGGCUGUGUUUCUCCAUUGUCUGGUAACAAAGUACAGGUGGCAAACAAUCAAAGGAGGAAAUAUUGUCCGAACUCCUGGUUUACAAUUUCCAAAUGGUUUUCACAUUCAUCUCAUGAAGAAAGAUACAAGGGAACAACAAACAACAUAUAGCUCUACAUAAACAAAACAGAGCAAUCACUAUGCUAGCCAUUUGUGUUGCUAGAAACACUAUACCAGAGGUUCCAACUUGUCUUCACACCCAGCAAGAUCACUGGUCUCAAGCUGCACAGGAUAAUGGUCAACAAGACAAUUUGAGUGCAGAAGAGGGAGAACAAUUAUGAUAUUCUCUCCACAAGCAACGAUCAUGCUCUACUUUUGCUCAACAGCACAGACAAAUUUUUGUG